AUGAGGUUUGUCCAAUAUAUUCCGACUGGAAUUCCAAACGAAGAUGGUGAGUUCCCGGGAAGGAACUAUACAGUUGGAAAAGUCAUACAACAACUGUAUGAUAUUAGGAAAGCUUCAAACCCCAAACUUGCAAUGACACUCAAAUUGCUUAUGAAUUCGACAUGGGGAUAUUCCAUUAAGAAACCUCAAGAGAUGAAGAGUAAACAUUAUGAGAAGGUCGACAACUUUGUUGAAAGGUUUUCUCCUUUUGUUUUGAAGUACGAAUUCACUCAAGGUCAAAGUGGCUUAGUAACCACAUUAAAACCUAUUGUCGAACAUUGGUCUUACCCUCAGUUCGCAAAGGCAGUCCUUGACGAGUACAACAAAUUCUUCUCCGAAGUCAAAUCGAAAGUCAAGGUUUACUAUGAGAACAUUGACGCACUCAUGACGAACGAAGAAGGAUACAACAAACUCAUUGAAAUGGGUAUGGUCGGUGAAAAGAUGGGUCGAUUCAAAUUGGACAAAAUUUUCACCGAAGUUCAUGUCCUCUCCAAGCGUAAGUACUGGGGCAUACUUGAAGACGGCACAGAAAUAAAACAUUGCAUGAAGUAA